CCCAGGGUGGGCCUGGAGCCGCCCCCCUGGCCGGUGGCACCCAGCAUCCCAGGCCCGGGAGCAGAGCAGCCGCCAUGCACAUCCCCGAAAGCCUGCAGGACCUGGCAGACAGCGAGGCCGUGCAGUUCCUGAAGAGGCCCAAGACCAUCACGCGCAUCUGCGCAGGGAUCUUUGCCCUCAUCAUCUUCUCCUCCCUGCUGACCGACGGCUACCAGAACAAGACUGACUCAUCGCAGCUCCACUGCGUCCUCAACAGCAACAACACGGCCUGCAGCUUCUCCGUGGGGGCCGGCCUCCUGGCCUUCCUCUGCUGCCUGGCCUUCCUCGUCCUGGACGCCCACGAGGGCCGCAUCGCCAGCACCCGCUUCAAGUCGGCCUUCCAGCUCCUGGACUUCAUCCUGGCUGUCCUCUGGACAGCCGUCUGGUUCGUGGGUUUCUGCUUCCUGGCCAACCAGUGGCAGCAUUCGCCACCCAAACAUUUCCUCCUGGGGAGCAGCAGCGCCAAGGUGGCCGUCACCUUCGCUUUCUUCUCCAUCCUCAUCUGGAUAUUCCAGGCCUACCUGGCCCUCCAGGACCUCCAAAAUGACGCUCCGGUCCCCUACAAGCGCUCCCUGGAUGAGCGCGGCGUGGUGCUGACCUCCCUCUCCCCGCCCUCUGCUGCCAGCCCUGUCAACACGCCCAGCCCGGACCCCCACAACCUGAGUUAUACAGGCUCCAGCCUGUCCCCCUAUCUGAGCACCCCAAAGGUCCCUCGCCUCGCUAUGAUGCCCGACGACUAG